UGCCUUCACUUAAUAAAAUGCUCCAUUUCUCUCUCCAUAGUCUCUAGACUCUUCUUUAGCCAUUCCUCGUCCUCCUCUCUGUCUCUAAUCCUUGGUUAAAGUUUGAUUCAAUUUCUAAAAAGGAAAAAGAAUUAAUCAGUCAUGGGAGGAGGCAAUGGCCAGAAGGCAAAGAUGGCACGUGAGAAGAACUUAGAGAAGCAAAGAGCUGCUGCUGCUAAGGGAAGCCAGCUUGAGUCUAACAAGAAAGCCAUGAGCAUCCAGUUGGUAAUCUGUUUUCCUCACACGAUGCUGAAGUUAGAGCUAUCAUUUGCAAUUGCCUUAUCUUUGUUGGACUUUAUUGUUUUGGAAGUGUUUCUAGUUUGUGCGCUAGAGACAUUCAUCAGUCAUUUCACAAAGGUUGUGAUCUGGUCUGUUGUUGAUGCUGUAUCCAUUGUUGGGUCCCCGGCUCCUUUGUUGAUUGGGACUGAUGGAUGAUGGAAAACUGAAUGCAGUGCAAGGUAUGCAUGCAGACUUUCAUGUGUACCACAACAGAGGUGAAAUGUCGAGAACAUGCUGAAGCAAAGCACCCUAAGUCUGAUUUGUACACAUGUUUCCCGCAUCUUAAAAAAUGACAGGGAAAAUGGAAAACAAGCACGCAGAUGUCUUGUAGAAUACUCGGUAUCUCUUUGGGUGCAACACAGUCAUAAAGUUGAUUUGCCAAAAAACUGUUCUGUAAGAACCAGCACAAAAAAUUUUCCUCCUGUUAUCAAGUAUCAAUGUGAAAGCUGUUGUUCUGCAUCUCAAGUAACUUUAAGUGAUAUAUUGCAUAUGUGUUUUCCUGCAA